AUGCCACAGGGUAAUCAACUGGAGUAUCCCGUUCCGGAUAACUCUCAACGAAUGCUUGUAUUCACCACAUCUGGCCCAAGAGCAGCUACUCAGCAUAUUUUGCACGGCGAUAUCCUCUUCGGGGCCGGUGCUAAUGUUUUCUCGACAAAUACCAAGCCACACUCAUUGGAUCUCAAUCUCCUCGAUAACGCCGUGCGAGCAGUAUCUCUGGUCCACUUGAGUCAUGUUUAUCAGCUGGCUUCUUUGGAGCAAGAAUCGAGACACUUUUACUGCAUUUCCCUACGCCUCCUUAGCGACGCUCUUUCAGACGAAAUCCGGCGAUCUUCCACAGAGACUUUGGGCGCAACGAUUCUCUUGUCCUUCUACGAGCUAUUCGCUUCUGAUUCCAGCCAGUCAUGGAUACGACAUGCAGGCGGCGCAUCAACGUUAAUGCGUAUCCGCGGCCCGUCUAAGCACCUGUCCGGGCUAGGUCGUGAUAUAUACCUGGCCUAUCGCAGCGCCAUCUAUGUUGAAGCACUUCUCCGAGUGGAACCUUGUUUCCUCAGUGAGCCAGAAUGGACGGAAAUGGCAAAGCAAAUCCAUGAAGAUCUACGCUACAGUGAUUUAGUAGGUGCAAAGCGUAUAGAGCUCUUUGAUACAGCCGAGGAGUUCUAUAUGGAGAUUAUCCUUAUCCCCCGAGUUUGCUAUGAUGCUUCCCGAUUCUUCCAGAGGCGACAGAAUUUGACCGCCGACGAAUUCCGAGCCUACAGAAUCUCUAUUAUUGACCGAUGUCGAGGUCAUCGGGCAAAGCUACAGUCAAUCAAUCUAAGAUUUAGAGCUGCUAUUCAACGACUGGAGGUGGACGAUGUUACUAUCUUUCAGACCCCUGAUCCUGUGUUUCCCAUGCAAUAUUCCUAUAUUAGUGAGUCUAUUGCGAUGGUUUACUUGGCGCACCUUUCGACAACGAUUCUCCUCAACCGGAUCGUGAAUGAUUUCGAGUCUAUGGUAGCUUUACAUCAAAAGGAUUCCCAUCUCGCUGAGAAUAGGGAGAUCGCCAGGGAGAUCUGUCGAACGGCUUCAUUCAUGUUGGCCUCAUCUGUUUUUGGGCGUUUUUGCCUCGCCUGGGCUCUACAGCUCUGCUUGGUGGCACUCGAACCAGGGGAAGAAAGAGCUUGGGUGGAGAGAAAACUAUCCGAAAUUGGAAAUACUCACACGGCCAUCGCAACCGAUGUAUCAAAUCAUGAACCUCAGAGCCCAGUGAAAGAAUUGGCUGUCGUCGAUCCUUGCUAA